AUGGCGGCCAAGCUGUUAUCACGCUACUCCUGGGCCACGAGCCCCUUCAUUGUAAGCGCACCGAUGCGCGUCAUGUCUGGCCCAGCUCUGGCCCUCGCCGUAUCUCAAGCAGGUGGACUGGGCUUCAUUGGCCCUGGAGCCAAGACUCAGGACACCGAAGUCGAUCUUGAACAAGCAUCGAAGCUAGUCCAGCAAACACCGGCCUCUUCGUCCGUCUUCAACAAAUUGUCACCAACAAACUCUGUCUUGCCCGUCGGUAUUGGCUAUCAGCUUUGGGGAGACGACAUCGACAUCGCUGUGUCCGCGAUCGGCCGGUUCAAGCCUUGCGCUGCCUGGCUGUACGCUCCCAAAAACAGCCUGAAGGAGUUUGAUGAUUGGUCUCGCCGAAUCAGACAGGCAUCUCCAAAAACUCAAAUUUGGAUUCAGAUAGGUACCUUGAAGGAGGCAAAACAGCUCCUCACAAACUCCGAGAAGCCGGACGUCCUUGUCAUACAGGGUGCAGAAUCUGGUGGUCACGGCCGAGCCAAGGAUGGAAUGGGCCUCAUGGCCUUAUUUCCCGAGAUUGCAGAUGCCAUGGAAGGUAGUCAGAUCCCUCUGCUUGCAGCGGGAGGUAUUGCCGAUGGACGGGGUGUCUCGGCGGCGCUGUGCCUUGGUGCUUCGGGCGUGGUGAUGGGGACACGGUUCCUGGCAGCGAACGAAGCACGAAUUAGCAGGGGAUAUCAAAACGAGAUUGUUCGAGCCUCUGACGGAGCUGCUUCCACGACACGAACUCUGCUGUAUAACCAUCUUCGAGGAACGUUUGGGUGGCCGGCCGAGUACAGUCCCAGGACGAUCAUCAACAAGUCGUUCAUCGAGCACCAAGCAGGCUGUGCAUUUGAUGAUCUUAAGGUGCUUCAUGACAAAGCUGUGAAGAACGGUGACAGCGCCUGGGGGCCCGAGGGACGUGUCGCAACGUAUGCAGGGGCUUCCAUCGGACUGAUCCACGACGUUGCGGAUGCAGGAGAUAUUGUUCGAGAACUGCAAAAGGAUGCUGUCAAGCGGAUACAAUCAGCCAGUUCCAGCUAG